AAUGCCCCUGCCCCGUGUCCCACGAUGGGAGGCCAGAGCCACUGGAAGUGGCCCUGUGGCCGCCCCUCGUCUGGCGUCUCCGGUCAAGCAAUGGACAGACAGACAGACAGAGCUCGGGAGCGAUCGGGGUGAACUGUGACGGGAGCUGUUUGGCUGUUUUAUACUGGUUCAAGGCAAACUCACUCUUUUGUUACAAGAUGCAGCAUUUCACACAUCAACUGGAACUGUUUCCUGACUGUAGUGUGACUCUUGUUUUGUUUAAUGAUGUCAAAAAUGCUGUUGCUCUAAGAAAAAAAGCAAUGGAAGGAUCUAUUGAUGGAGCAUUAAUAAAUCCUGCAAUGAUUGUUGAUCCAUUUCAGAUACUUGUGGCAACAAACAAAGCAGUUCACCUACACAGGAUUGGUAAAAUGAAGACUAGAACUCUUAAUGCAGAAAUUAUUUUCAACCUUUCCCCAAACAACAAUAUUUCAGAUGCAUUGAAAAAGUUUGGUAUUUCAGACAAUGAUUCUGCAGUGCUCAUUGUUCUGAUUGAAGAUAAAGAAAAAACUUUAAAUCUGGAAGGCAUAAUAUCUCAAGUGGAAGGUCAGCAGGUUUCUCUAGCAGAACUCCACAAAAUAACAGAUAUAGCCAAAGUUAAAAAGAUAUACAAACUUACUCCACAGGAAGAAAAAAUUGGCCCGUUACUUGAUGGCAUCAUUUGCAGAAUGUCAACAAAAGAUAUUUCAUGAAAACAUUCAAAUAAAAUCCAUUUUAAAGCUACAGAAACAACUGUUGCAACCAUUCUUAUUAGUUUUGGACUCUGUCUCAAUUCUAAAAUACUUUGCACUCCUUUAUUUUACGUGGAAAAGUAAGAAGAGUCACUAAAACAUUCUGUGAAAGAAACGGUCAGGACCUAAACCACUAAAGGAACACUGAAGCAAUAUUUUAUCUUAAGCUUCAUUCAACUUCAGAAAUGUCAGUGCAGUACUGAGCAGAGUUUGAAUUCUCACAACUUGUACAGAUUCUACUCAGUGUUUUAUUUAAAAAUAUUAUUUAAAAUUUUUCCCAAUAUCUUUUAACUGGUCAUAAACAUAAGGUUUCAAAAUCUGUUACUACUUACCUUUGUAGUAAAGUGCUUUAAGAUCAUCAGAUAUGCCACGAACAGUGCAAACUAUUUUUAUUAUCCCCAAGGCCUGCAAUGACUUGGUUUGCAUGGGCACGGAGAAUAAAGGAUGAUAUGGAGACAUUUUUAGCUGCUAAGUGUUUAUGUAUAUAUCAUACUUGUCUAACCAUCAUUCACUAGGAGAGCAUAUACAAACUGCUUCUUGUGAUUUCCUAACACUCACAAGUGUCUGUCAAAAACACAUAGAAAAUGGGUCCCUGCCCCAAGGAACUUACAAUCCAACUGAGAGAUUUGACAAAUGGGGAUAACACAUACACUAUGGAAGGGGGAGAGGAGAGGAAGGAAGCAGCUCAUAGAGCUGUGUUUACAUUGCUAUUCUGUAUUAGUGAUGCACAUUUAGUAGGUUCAUAAACUUUAGUGUAAAUGCACUCAUUUAUUUGUAGAUAUUGCAGAAGUUAGUUUUUAGGAAGGAUUUGAAUGAGGUAAUUGUGGAGGCUUGAACAAAUUUUUGGAAGACAUUCCAAGCAUAAGAGCUAACAAGGAAGAAGCCACAGAAAUGUUUGCAAGAGGAGAUGUAAGGGGUAUUGAGGCUGGUGUCAGUGAAAGGUCAGGAGCUGAUACAACCUGUCCUAUGGAAGGUUUUCUCAACAGUCUAGCUAUACAGCUAUUGUGGCUCAUAAUUUGAGAACCCAAAAGUAGUCAGGAUAGACAUGGGUAAAGAUUUUUUUUUCCAUUCAGCUUGUGAUGAAAGAAGCAGAAGAAUGUAGAAGCAUACAAAAAGAAAGUUGGAGGGUUCUUGCCUUCAAGAUAUCUCUAACAAAACUACAAUAGCGUGUAGUAAGAAAGCCAGAGGAUCUUCUACUAAUCCAUCUAAACUUCUACGGGUGCCUGCGGUUUCAUCCAUGACAUUCUGCUUGCUAUGCUUUUUUGAAUAAAUGGUUAUCUUCUUUCUA